CGAGAGUGUUCAGUCCGUUGAAAGACGUUGUAUAGGUAAAACCUCGAAGCGGAGAAGUGUCGGCGGUGUAUCUGAAGACAACGAUCGAGUCGGUUUCGAGAUAAAUCUCGGAUUCGUUCUCAUCUCUAUUGACCGAGCACCAUGGCCUGUUCGAAAACGAUUUAUGUCGUCCUUUUGGUCGUUGCUUUGUCUCUUGUGGUCGACGACGCCGAAGCGGGAUGGAAAUUUUGGAAAAAGAAAGAUUCGACGACGACCGAGACUCCGGGAGCUGCUGGGAGCGCCGCAGUGAAUCCGGAGGCCGUGGAUCCAAACACCGGAAACGGGAAAGCCGGAGCUGCAGCGAAUCCUGAGCCUGCGAGACCAAACACCGGAAAUGGGAAACCCGGAGCUUCGGGGAAUGCGGCAAGCGCCGCUAAUAAUCCGGCUCCAGGGCCCAGGACCGGGAACGCGAAUCCUCCGGGAUCACCGCCGGGCUCGCCGUCGAUCGGAACGAGAGGAGCGAUCGCCGGAGCUGCCAACCCGGGACUGGCGAUCGGCGUUGCAAAUUCGGGAGCGAACAUACGAAACAACGCGCAGCCCCAGCGACCGAACCCCGGGACGGAAGUUGGCCGCGAUAUUCCCGGAUCGCGACCAGCAAAUCCUGCAACCGGCGGCGCCACUUCCGGUCAGGGUUACAGAGAUUUUGCGAUCGAUUUGACCGGAGCUGGCGAUGGAACGAGGCAGGGACCUAAAGUUCCGAGCCAGGGACCGGCUCUCGCCGGAAAUGGCGGACAGCAACCAGCUCCAGGAUCUCGACCAAGCAGCCCAGCGCCUUCCCCCAGUAACAAGCCCGGCCAAGCUCCUCCAGCCGUGGGGCCCCGUCCCGGUUCUCCAUCGUCGCCUCAGCCUUCGUUGCCUUCGGGACAGGCUUCCGGUCAAGGUCAAGGGAGCAAACCCGUUGCGACUUCCGGUCCGCAGCCAGGAGGAGUUUCCGGUGGCACUCAGACGUCAACUUUGCACGUUGGUUCUCUGAACCCCGGCCAGAGUCGAUCUGGCUCCCCGUCGAGCGGUUACGGUAGUCCAGGCAAUUCACCAGCUCCAGGGAGCUCACCAACGAGCGGAAAAUCUUGGGCGGACGUUGCCGGAGGCGGUACAAACGCUAAACCAAAUUCUCCGAGCCCCGCACCGCGUCCCGGUUCCCUUCAACCUGGACAAACACAGCCUCAAGGACGACCGACGAAUCUGCCGGGACAACCGAACCCCGGACAAUCGCCUGGAUCCGGAUCAGGACUGCGAACUGGUGCAGCAGUCGCUGGAGGCGCUGCUGCAGGUGCUGUCGCCGCUGGCGCUGCUGGAACAACUUACUCCAGCAACCCCAUUUACAGCAAAGGCAAAACCGUCACCGACGACGAUCUCAUCAAACUGUCCGAGGCUCUUUUCAUCAAGGAUACUAACAACGCGUACAGAUAUAUCACUUUGAAUUUGCAAAAAAAAACUACGAGCUCGGAUACCACCGAUCAAGCGCCCCAACCAUUAUUAACAGUGGAUCCUCAAGCUCUGCGAAUACCAACGAUUGAAAAAGUCUUGACGAUCUACGACAAUUACAAGCUCGACAGUCGCGUCGGCGAGUACAUAAGUCCGGCUCAACGUGCCGAAGAGAGUCUUCUCGUCGACACUUUUCUAAGCACAAAUGUCAUGUCCGCCGCGAUGCGUUUCCUCGCUGACAAAGGAGUCGUACGGAAAGAAUACUACGAGUACAAAGACACGCUGAGGAGAUUGUGGUUUAAUCUCUACUCGCGCGGAGGCGAUGGAAAAAUUGGUAGCUCAGGAUUUGAGCAUGUUUUCUUAACCGAAUUGAAAUUGGGAACCGAAGUUAGUGGACUUCACAAUUGGAUUUACUUCAAUGCCGAAGAGGUCGCUAAGAGGGCCGAUUAUCUCGGAUACAUUGCCAAAGAAGAUUUGGGAAACAAAGCAGCGAUCGUAAAGUUCCACGCGAAGCACAACAACAUCGACAAACCAGUUACGACAAUGUUCAUCGGUACUUCACCUGAACUAGAAAUGGCUCUUUACACAGUUUGUUUCAUGACCAGACAAGAUCGUCCGUGCGGAGUCUCCUUGGGUGGCAAAAGGUUCAAUAUCGUAACUCACAAAUUCCGAUAUCGAGGAAACGACCUCAUCGGCUCUGCGUACCCCGAAAUUUAAAUAUUUCUCCAUUUUUUCUUUCAUUCCAUGUGUAGAUUGCUACCAGCGAACAGAAACAACAGCACAUUGCCUUAUUCAAAAAGACAAAAUAGUUUGUGCUCUCCGACUUUUUUGCUUGAUGAUUUUUUCCUAUUUAUAUUAUAAAAGUUCAAAAUUCCACAUGUGAAUUAUGGAAAACUAACGAUUAGUCAUUGAAAAAUUCUGCUCUUUGACAUAGGAAUUCCUAAAAGUGAGAUAAAAAGUUUGAAUCGUUUUCUUAGUAAUUCUGUGCGUUUUAUUUUCGUUGUUACGAAUAUUCGCAUUCUAGAUUAUGAGCGAUGAAAAUACUCAAUAAAGUACUUUGUACAUAAUAAUUUUAA